AUGAGCUUCCUUAUCCGAAGGACCUGCGGGAGAUACUCUUCUCGAGUUCGUGAUGCAUUGGCAAAAAGGUCAUUCAAAUCUGUGAAGCUCCCGGGAGAAUGCCUUGAUGACGCCACCUCCCCGUCACUCGUCCAUGGCGUUCAUGUCUUUUACUGUCCGGAUGAAGUGGGAAUUGUGGCCAAAUUAUCUGAGUGCAUAGCUUCAAGGGGUGGUAACAUUCUCAGUGCCGAUGUUUUUGUGCCCGAAAAAGAGAAUGUCUUUUACUCCAGAAGUGAGUUCCUUUUCGACCCUUCUAAAUGGCCUCGGGAGCAAAUGGAUGAAGAUUUCUUGAAGCUUUCAGAGAUGUUUAAUGCGUUUAGGUCUGUUGUUCGAGUGCCCAAAUUAGAUCCUAAAUAUGAGAUUGCAAUCCUUGCUUCAAAGCAGGACCAUUGCCUUGUUGAUUUGCUGCAUUGUUGGCAGGACAGGAAACUUCCGGUUAAUGUCACAGCUGUUAUAAGCAAUCACGAUAGAGGGCCAAACACCCAUGUGAUGCGAUUUCUUGAAAGGCAUGGAAUUCCUUACCACCAUUUGCCAAUAAGUGCUGAAGACAAAGGAGAAGGAGAUAUGUUGAAUUUGGUGAAGGAUACAGACUUUCUAGUUCUUGCCAGGUACAUGCAGAUACUCUCUGGAAAUUUUUUAAGAAGCUAUGGAAAAGAUGUUAUAAAUAUUCAUCAUGGCCUAUUGCCCUCUUUCAAAGGUGGGAGCCCAUCUAAGCAAGCCUUUGAUGCUGGGGUGAAAUUGAUUGGGGCAACAAGUCAUUUCGUCACAGAAGAGCUUGAUGAAGGCCCCAUCAUUGAGCAAAUGGUGGAAAGAGUCUCCCACAGAGAUAAUUUGCGGAGUUUUGUACAGAAAUCUGAGAACUUAGAAAAGCAAUGUCUUGCGAAAGCAAUACAGUCAUACUGUGAACUGCGGGUUUUGCCUUAUGAGAGAAACAGGACUGUUGUAUUUUGA